ACUGCGGAGACGUCCAGGCUAGAGGACUGAACAGCUAACUGCAGACUCUUGGCCUCUCUGGUAUGAGACAGCCAUAGUUGGACUACACAGACUGCAUCCUGUAAUCCGCAGUGCUCAGGAUAGUGUUCUCAAAACCAUUGACCAGAACAUUUGUCUCCGGAAGCCCAUCCUGUGGAUGAGCCAUGCCCGCCUACUCCAUAACAUCUGCUGGCCUGAUUCCCAGCAUGCUCUGGGCCCUCCUUCUGCUGGCUGCCUCCCUGAACGCCCAGAAUCAAAGCUGGGACAGACUCAAGUGCACUGAGCCUAAGAUGUCUGUACUCAGAGGCAACCGUGUCCUGAUGGCCUGUAACAUCUCAAACACCUUCCAAUAUGUCACCAUCGAGUGGACGGCCUUCGGAAAAACCAGGACCAUCUUCAACAAAAUGUCUCCAGGAAACUACCGUAGGGAUGCAUGGCAGCUUCAGAUUCAAGGAGGCUGGGCCCAGCUGGUGAUCACAGAUGCUCAGGACACCCACGCAGGGCAGUACCUGUGGGUGCUGCGUGGACUCCAGAAAAACAUCACAAGCUUCACCCUGAGCAUUACUGAGCCCCAAGAUCAGGAAGAAGCUGGUGUCCAGAAACUGCUCGCGUCCUCGCAUUCCCAAGGUCUGUGCCCUUCACGGUUUCCCUCUGCUCAGGCCACAUAGCCACUAUUCCUGGAGGUCUCCCCAAACCCCUCAACCUCCUCCACAGCCCUUUCCUACUGCUGUAG